CGCCAUCCCAAGUCCCAACUGUCCGGUCUUUCUCAACCACAGGUAGCAUCUACUAUCUUGAUCUCCUUGAGUCUCACACCAUAGUCGAAAAAGCAAAAUAGUGAAAUAAGCACGAUGCCGUCCCGCGAAGCUUCUCAUGCUGGCUCGUGGUACUCUGACAGUCAACAUACUCUCACGCGUCAACUGGAUCAAUGGUUGGCUCAGGUACCCGAUGAGAUUGAUGGCAUAGGCUCUCUCCCAGUGCCUGGUGCGCGCAUCAUCAUUGCUCCACAUGCGGGCUAUGCGUACUCUGGCCCAUGUGCCGCCUAUGCCUACAAGGCUCUGGAUUUGUCAAAGGCGAAACGAAUUUUCGUGCUUGGACCAUCGCACCAUCACUACCUUACGACGCUUGCCCUUCCUGAGCUCACGUCGUAUUAUACCCCGCUCUCCGAUGACCCUCUCCCGCUGGAUACGGAGCUUAUCGCGAAGCUGCGUUCGACCGAAGCGACCAAGCCAAAUGGCUCAUCCCUGAGCUUCACCACGAUGUCCCGAUCGAUCGAUGAAGAUGAGCAUAGCAUUGAGCUGCACCUGCCCUAUAUUCAUCGCCUCCUACAACUCCAGCAUCCAGAUAAGCCCACCUCGCAGUAUCCACCGCUGGUCCCUAUUAUGGUGGGAAGCACUUCUGCAUUGAUGGAGAAAGCGUUCGGGAGUAUACUUGCGCCGUACCUUGAAGACCCGGAGAACGCUUUUGUCAUUAGCUCGGAUUUCUGUCACUGGGGGUUACGUUUCCGUUACACGUACUACGUUCCUCAGGCGCCCAAACCCGGGCCCAAACUCCCUCUGUCUGCACACUUCCUUCCCCAGCCCGGAGGUGAUGUCAGUGAUGUAGAGGCUAAGAUCGAAAUGGUGUCCGCCGGCCACUCCCUGCAGCGGCGGGACCGCAUCCAGAGCCGGGAACCAACGAUCCACGAGAGCAUCUCAGCGUUUGACAUUGCUACCAUGGCAGCCAUCACCACGGGAAGUGCUGCAGACUUUCUAGACGUAAUUCAGAGAACGGGGAACACCGUGUGUGGCCGGCAUCCCAUCGGAGUGAUGAUGGCUGCCGUGGAAGAGGUCACGAGUCAAGAAGAGGGGAAGAAGGGCAGAUUCCACUUUGUUAGGUAUGAGCGCAGCUCGGACAUCACCGAUGUGAACGAUAGCUCCGUGAGCUACGUCUCUGCGUUUGCCGUUCUAUGAUCACCAAAUUACCAUGCACACUGGUUUCAAGGGAAGUUUCACCCUGCUACAUACUGUCUGAAUCGAAUCUCCGCUAGUGACCGUGGCUAGCCUACGUGCAAGGUUCCUCUAAUGUAGAAUCAUUGUCAUUUCCCCUGGCUUUUCCCUCACGUAUGCCUACAGGAAAGCUACCUAAUCAUUCAUGACAUUUUCAGCCAAGGAACCCUUGAGGAGGUUUCGAUCACCCGUCCUCCUCCCGGGAAAGGGUAGCAUAGAGGUAGCAUUUCAAAUGCCAACGGCUGACUUCGUUUUGACAGUAGUGCUGCUGCCACUUCCGUCGUCCUAUUGAGUUGUGCCCAAUCGAUGAGGUUGAGCGUCAGAGGUUGAGGUUCCACCGUCGUGCCGGCGGCCGAAGGAUUGGACGUUCGAGAUGCGGAACAAUCAAAGCGACAACAAACGAGCGAUGAGGGGCAAAUGUCACAUGGGCGCUCGUAGGCGCUCCAUAGAAUCAAAG